CUUUUCUCUGUGACGUGUCGCGGAGUCGCCGGUAGGGUUCGGUGUGGCGAGGGGGACCUGCUUCUCUCUUUGUGAGAACAAGGGAGUGAGGGAGGAAGGAGGCCAAGGAGGAGGCCAGGACUGAGCAAGGACUAAAGUAAGACUGAAAGGGGAGGUGAGGGGUGGACUGGUUGUCGGCAGCAGCCGGUACCGGAAGCGGCGGCGGCAGCCGAGGCGACGCACCGUGAGGCAGCUGCUUGACUAGGCCACAGCCGCCAUGGCGAUGAAUUUUGGGGACCAUGCCAGCGGGUUCCGCCACGAUGAUGUGAUCAGGUUCAUCAACAAUGAAGUCCUCAGGGACGGCAGCGGCCCAGCCUUUUACGUGGCCUUCCGCUCGCAGCCGUGGAACGAGGUAGAGGACAGGCUUCAGGCCAUUGUGGCCGACUCGCAGGUGCCGCGCGCCAUCAAGAGGGCCUGUACCUGGAGCGCUUUGGCUUUGAGCGUGCGAGUGGCCGCGAGGCAGCGGGAGGAGCUGCUGCACCACGUUCGGCGGCUGCAAAGGCAUGCGGAGGAGCGCCAGGCGACCUCCUGGGCUCUAACGUCCCAGCUGCAGCAGCUGCGCCUGGAGCAUGAGGUGGCGGUAACACAGCUGCACCUCGCGCAGGCUGCCCUGCAGCAGGCGCUGAAUGAGCUUGAUGGGCUGUACGGGAGGCUGCUCCAGAUCGAGAGGUUUCCCCAGGCCGCUCCACUGGCCCAUGAAAUAAUGUCUGGGCCGCAAGCAGAGCAGAAUGGGGCUGCGGCAUGUCCCCUGGCUACAGAGCAGCAGAGCGAUAUGGUGGCCAUGGGGACACAUGCUAAUGCCCAGAUGCCAACCCCGACAGAUGUUCUUUAUGUGCCAGGAUCUCUGAGUCCCUGGGCCCAGGGCAUGCAACCCCUUCUGCCAGGGCCACAUCCAUUCUCACACCCACCAGCAUUCCCAAUGAAAUUCCCAUCCUUGCCACCUCUACCACCUGCUGUAGUCAUGGGGGCAGAAGCAGCAGCAGUCCCACUUCAGAUGCCUCCUACUGAGAUCCACCCACCUUGCCCGUGGCCUGCAGUGGGCUUCCAGGAGGAGAUGGCCCCUCUGUGGUACCAGAGAAGCUACAUCCAGGAGGAAGGUUCCAAAAUCCUUCAGGGGUCAUUCCCCUUAGGAGACAGCAGAAGCCACAGCCAGGGAGAAGGUUCAGAGAGGUCCCAAAGAAUGCCCCUCCCCGGGGACAGUGGGUGCCACAACCCACUGUCAGAGAGUCCCCAGGGGACAGCCCCACUGGGGAGCAGUGGAUGCCACUCCCAGGAAGAAGGUACAGAAGGACCCCAGGGGAUGGAUCCCCUGGGGAACAGAGAGAGACAAAAUCAGAAAGAAGGUCCAAAGAGGGCCCGGAGGAUGCACACCCUGGUGUUUCGCAGGAGCCACAAAUCAGAAGGUCCAGAGGGGCCCCAGGGGACUGUCCCCCAGGGAGACAGCAGAAGCUACAGCCAGGAAGGAUGUUCAGAUAGGGCCCAGGAGAUGGCCACCCUGGUGUUUAUCAGGAGGUGCAAACCAGAAGGUCCAAAGAGGCCCCAGUGGACUGUCCCCCUGGGGGACAGCAGAAGUCAUAUCAAGGAAGAAGGCCCGGAGGGGCCCCAGAGGAUUGUCCUCCAGGGAGACAACAGAAGCUAUAGCCAGGAAGGAAGCCCAGAGAGGGCCCAGGGGAUGGCCACCCUGGUGUUUAGCAGGAGCUGCAAACCAGAAGAAGGUCCAGAGAGGCCCCAGGACACUCCCCUGGGGGACAGCAGAAGUCAUAUCAAGGAAGAAGGCCCAGAGGGGCCCCAGAGGAUUGUCCUCCAGGGAGACAACAGAAGCUAUAGCCAGGAAGGAAGCCCAGAGAGGGCCCAGGGGAUGGCCACCCUGGUGUUUAGCAGGAGCUGCAAACCAGAAGAAGGUCCAGAGAGGCCCCAGGACACUCCCCUGGGGGACAGCAGGAGCCAUGGUGUCAGAGAAAGCCCAAAGAAAUGGCAACCUCAGAGGCAGAAGGCCAAGAAACCAGAAGUGAAUAAAGUCUCGGGAUCCCAGCAACAGGAGAAGCCUGCCUCAUUUCCAGUUCCAAUGAAUUGGAAAUGCCCAUGGUGUAAAGCCAUUAAUUUUUCAUGGCGUACGGCCUGCUAUAAAUGCAAGAAAGCCUGUGUGCCAUUUGAGAGUGGAGGACAAACUCAGUGAUUUCAGGAAGGUGGUGGAUUCUGGAUGGCCGAUGCUGAUUGGUUAAUACCCUGGAGAAGCUGAAGUCAUGAAGCCUUUUCUUUUCCUUUUUGUUUCACUCCUUUUCCUGAAAAAGCCAUGUAUGUGGCUGGGAGCAGUUGUGUGAUUUUAGAGUUAGAAGCUAUGUUGAAUUUUAGGAACAGUACUUUUCCUUGAAAAUGCUGUUAUUCCUUUGGAAACAAAUUUUAGAAUCACCACACUUCCUUGAAAAUGCUAUUAUUCCUUUUGAAACUACUGCAAUGUUCAUGUUUUCUUCAUUUUGCUUUGUUGGUUUUAUAGGUGAGGUUCUGUUUUUGUAUCUCAGCCCCACCAAACUUGCUUGUUGCUGAAGAAGCUGAACCUGUUCCAUUAGAAGAUCUUCCAAAGCCAAAAGAAAGUGAGACUGACUGCAGACUUACUGGCUGCAGCAGAGAGGAGUAAGAGGAAGUCAGAGAAGAAGAGAUGAUUUGACACUCAUUGGGGGAAAAGGAAGAGCAGAAUUGUUUUGUUAGAAUUGAAUUUUUCCAUUGGGACAAGGAAUUAACUUGGAAGAGUUUGGGGGGUUGUGUUCAAUUCUGUAGAUGAUAGCAACUUUGAUGAAUUUCGUUUAGUUUGUUAAAUAGUUAUUGUCUAAUAUGUGUUAGGAGCUAGACUUAUAGGUUAUUAUUUGGUGCACACAUCAUAAUCCUUGUUGCUGAGUUGGUUAGAAGAUAGGAGAGAGCAUAAUUUGGGAUACAGAUUAGAUCAGAGGUAUCUUCUUUGCCUUGCAUGUAGUGUUGCCUUAGGUAAAACCAAUUUAAAUAACAUCUAGAUCCAUUUUUGCAGUUUUGUGGGCAAUGUGAAAGAGACUUGCAUGAAAGGUCUUGAGUAACCAAACUGCUAGUCUCAUUGGUUUGCAGGUGAGACAAAUAAGCAGUGGCAAAGUUCAGGAAAGUGGUCUUACAGAAGUGCAGGCAGGGCUUUUCUGAUUGUCUGCUGAUUUCCUCCUUUGAGAGGGACAGAUAUUUUCCUGGCUGCCAGUAAGCCUGCCUGAAAGACCACUGGGGUGUCUUGAAGAAAGACAGUGCUCUGAGGAGUAUUCACUACACACUCCAGCCCUCAGCCUCGGGCUGCCCCCAUUCCAAGUCCCUUUCUAGUCAAUAGGUGGAUGAAGAACAAAAUGGAUUUCAAGGACAGACAGACAGACAUAAGGGCUGUGGGCUAUGGAUGGUGUUUCUCUUGAGAGGACUAAUUGGGUUAAAAAUAAAACUGGACUGGGGCCAGCACUCUUGGGAAUGCCCCUGGACCCUUCCUCUUUGGCGUGUUCUCUGCAGGCUCCCCCAAGGCAGCUGCUGCAAGGCAAGGAGGGAUCCAGGGUAGAGCUCAGGGGUGGUGGGUUAGAUCUGCCUCCAGUCCAAGCUAAAGAUGUCUUCAAGUUUCCCUGUAAGAUCCCGCCCAGCUCACCAAAAUCAACCUUUGUCAGGGGUUUUCUGAUCCUAACUAGUAAUAAAGAGUGUGCACUGG